AUGCACUGGGACACUUCGGCAAUGGGACUGGAAGUUGAUGGCGCUCUACCCGACGUUGAGACCUUUGACUGGUCAUCUCUUGAUCUUGAUGGGACAUUUUCCGCUCCCGGCGAUUAUUCCGACCAGAUCGUGGAGGAGCCAGCACUACAGCCGCUCCUUGGCGAUACAUCAAACUCAGGCAAAAAGACCGCCAUUCAUGGGACCAACGACAAUGGCACUGUGAUUGCAAAGUCCGUGGUUCGGAAGCCUCAAGUCCGGCAGAAGCAAGAUGAGAAAACAACGUCUUCUCUUGAACGACGUAGGGCACAAGUCCGCCUAGCGCAACGGGCAUACCGGGAACGAGAAAAAGGCCUCGUAACGAGCUUGCGACAGGAUGUCGACGACCUGAGAGCCCGCCUGCUCGGUAUGCAGAGCAUUGCGGACGACUGGUUCCGGUUGAUAUCCUCGAUGCCAACCUUGUCUGAGGAGACCAAGCAACUAGUAGAACGGUUGUGGAAGAACGAAUCCUGCCACCGAUUGUCAUUGCCCAGUAACAUUAUCGGGAAUAACCUUGCCGUGAACCACGAUCGUCGCACUCGCUCCACCAAUCAGUUCAAGAACUCGGCCACUUAUCCAACCCCCUUCUCAUUGCGAUUGCGGAUAGAUACUUUAAAGGGGGCGCAUCGCUUAAUCAGCGACCCCGGAACACCCUGCACGAUACUCGUGGACAAGUUCCGCAAUUGCAUCUUCGUGUCGACAAGAGAAGAGAUUAAACAGCGUUUAGAGAUAUUGAUCAACGGCUCCGAUGAUGUCCCUGAGCCUCCGCGAUAUACCCUCUCGCAGCCAACCAACGAACACUGGCUUUCGGAAUCGUCUAUCCAUAAUCCUAAGAUUGAUAAACCAGACAAUUUACGGGAAGAUGACACAUAUAUCGAUCCGUCGGGUGUCCAAAAGUAUUUGGCUGGCAAAGGAUUGGCACUUGACCAGACCUCUUCCUAUGCAGAAUUCUCGGCGAAACCUAGCAUAAUGGAAGGUUCAUCACUCAGUAAACGUCUUACUGUUUUUGAUGAACUCUGCCAAAAUCAAAAGGUUAUGGUCAAUAUCAAUAAGUUGCUUCGUGCCAUUGACAAUUGUAUGGAACUAGAGUUGGCCGCACGCAUGGUCUGUCGAUGGACUGGCCCGGGGAUUCUGACGUCGGGGAUCGAUGAGGCUGUUCAAUCAACCUUGCUGGCCGGUGGUUGA